AUGGCUCACCAAGAAGCUGCCAUGGUCGGAUCUCAAAAUUUCACAACACAAUCGGAGGUUGACGUCAAAGCAGGGCGUGAGAAAUACACCAAAGGAGAAGAGAUCGAGACUUUGGUUGAAGAAGAACAUACAUUAACCUUUGUUGCCGUUUGUCGCAAAUAUCCCAAGAUUGUCUGGUGGUCCUUUUUCUGGUGCAUGACUGCUGUUGCUUGGGGCUUCGAGAUGACGGUCAACAAUGCAAUUAUUGGCGUUCCCGCCUUCCGUACCUAUUAUGGCAAUGUCUUUGACGGAGAACCAGUCAUUCCUGCUGAAUGGCUCAGCGCUUUUGGCGUCUGCAGCUAUUGUGGCCUCUUUUUCGGGGGAUUCAUCUGCAGCGCCGUUGCAGACAAAUACGGUCGAAAGCUGGGGCUGGCCACUGGUAUCAUAGUUGCCACAGGUGGAAUCAUCGGUGAGAUAUUUAGCACCAACCGCGCCGCUUUCCUUGUCAGCAAGCUCGUCUUAGGCGUCGGUGUCGGUUUCUACUUGACCCUGGGACCUGUGACUUGCUCCGAGUUCGCUCCCACAGUUCUGAGAGGUCUCUCUACCGCUGGUGUGAAUCUCGGCAUUGGUGUGGGCGGACUGCUAUCCAACUCUGUGACGAGAGGUUUCGGAACUCGUUUAGACCGAUGGGCAUUCAGAGCUCCCUUUACAAUUCAGCUUCUCUUUUCUCUGUUAUUACUUAUCGGCACCAUUUUUUCACCCGAGUCGCCCUGGUUCUUGGUGCGUGUUGGUCGACUUGAUCAAGCACACAAGACGAUGGAGUCGCUCUACAACUCUCAGAGGGAAGCAGACAAAAGAGUUGCAGACAUCUCUGCCACCAUCCAGACCGAAGCUCAAAUGGAACAGCCUAGUUACGUCUCCGCCUUCAAAGGUACCAAUCGCAUCCGCACAAUGAUAUCGGUGGGCGCUUUUUUCGCCCAGCAGGCUGUCGGGGUUAUCUUUGUUCUCAGCUACGCGACUUACUUUUUCCAGCUUGCCGGUAUGGAAGCGGCGCAUGCAUUAAAUCUCGGUGUGGGAAUUAGUGCUUGUGGCCUUGUUGGCAACGUUCUGGCCUGGUUCGUGCUCAAUCGAAUCGGUCGACGCCUCCUCUUCAUUUGUGGCGUCGCAGGCUGCACAGUCAUCUUAUUCCUGGUCGGAAUUCUUGACGUUGUUCCCACACAGUCUGCAAAAUGGGCACAAGGAGCCUUGUGUGUCAUCUAUGCCUUCGUCUACUUCUUGACGCUUGGGGCGAUCGCUUUUGUCCUGUUGGGAGAAGUAUCUUCUCUUGCCCUUCGAGCACGAACUACAGCUCUUGCUACCGCUACCCAAGCUGUCCUUGGUAUUGCUUUGCAGAUUGCGAUUCCUUAUAUGGUGAAUCCUGACGCUGGCAACUUGAAGGGAAAAGUUGGCUUCGUCUUUGGCGGGACAUCUCUCAUUGCGACCAUCCUUUCCAUUUGGUACAUUCCAGAACUGAAAGGACGAACCUAUGGAGAGAUUGACCAAAUGUUCUUGAGCCACGUUCCGCCAAGAAAGAUGGGCUCCUACAGAAUGAAUUAG